GUGUAUGCUAAUCAUGACUUUAUUCCCUUUUUACAGGAAAAUCCAACUGGUUUCUGGUUCUAAAAAGUGUUACAUUUGACCAGAUAUGAUGGCAAAUACACCAGUGUCCAAUUGCCUCCUUCCAAUGAAGCUCAUAACUCUCAUUGUCAUUGGUUUCUUUCUGACCAUUUUGAAUGCUCAGUCGGCUGUUGGUGAGAAAGGAUCACAACGACUCAGACCGAUCUUGUUUAGAAGACGUGUGAAACGUGCCACUGAUUGUACCAAUGGCUUCAUUGCAAAAGAUAUGACCAGCAAUACAUUAUUGCCUGCACUGUAUCCUACUGAACAGUUAGACGCUUGCUUGAACAACAGUGUGCUCCUUGCAAAUCUCACCGAACUGGGACAUAUCGCUUUUAGUAGAAAUCAGCUUCUUGUUCUAAAAAGGAAACUGGGAGAGAUAUUCACAAGUGGACUGCCAGAAGAACGGAUACGACAGCUGGGAUUCAUUAUUACUGUGUACGGCCCUGAAGAGAUCAGCAUGUGGAACAUAACAAGUGCAGAUACCCUUGCACUUGUUCUAAACAACAGCCCAAAUCUGAACACGAGCAAGGUAAUUAUUGGAAAUUACCUGCAGAGAUCUGGGCAACUAAACGCUGUUGCUUUGGAUGCGAUUGGUGGUCCACUACUGUGUACUCUGAGCGAAGAGAACCUUAGGACCAUCCUUCCCAGUGAACUGAAAAAAGCCAGGCCACUGAAUAUUUUCACAUGUACCCAAGCGAAGAAAGACAUACUCUUCGGGAUC